AGCUCAAGCCACAGUUUAACAAUCUGUCCAGAGUUAAAGUCUCAGCAGCGCGAUCGCGAUCCGGAACGAUGCCGAGGUCUUUUCUGGUGAAGAGCAAACGGGCCCACAGCUACCACCAACCCAGGCACGCGCACGACUGCUCUUUCACACCGGACGCCGUUUUCACCCUCGUGUGCGCAGGUACGUGCGUAACAGGUGUGGAACGUGUGGUGACUGCAGUCGGCGGGAGAGUUAACGCGCACACCGGCUCUGUUUCAGAGACAAAAGGUCCGGCGGACUCUGAGGGAACUUUGGAGCCGGGGAGGGAUGCGAGCGGCAGCGCACACGGACUGUCCCCGGCCUCCGGACUGCUGUCCCCGGCCUCCGGACUGCUGUCCCCGGCCUCCGGACUGCUGUCCCCGGCCUCCGGACUGCUGUCCCCGGCCUCCGGACUGCUGUCCCCGGCCUCCGGACUGCUGUCCCCGGCCUCCGGACUGCUGUCCCCGGGCUCUUUGUCCUCCGGCUCCCCUCUGAGCUGCGGCGGAUCCUCAGACUGUGACUUCUGGCGUCCUCCGUCUCCUUCCUCCUCACCAGAAUCGGAGAAAUGCUCCACUACUGCAGCAGAGGACAGUCACCACUUCACCCUCCCGAUCUUUCCUUAUUCCUGGAGCUCGUACUCUGGUUCUGGGCUGAAGCACCUGGUUCAGGGGCCGUUCCACCACCCGCAGAGCCACGGGGAUCUCCGAUCCCCUGUCAGCAGCAUUUACCCAUCACCGGGCGGCGGCGCGGAGCGUCUUUACGCAACGCAGAGGGGGACUGUGACCAGAACAUACCACAGAUAUUCCUCACAGCCUCAGAUGUGCACGAUGCGGGACGCAGACCAAUUGUGGGUCGAUGCAGAACACAAGCCUCGCAACUGUGAAGUCAAGUCUGAAAAUGACUUUAUCGACUCCAGCCUCGAGUCAAACGGAUCCUAUAAGUGCGUCACAUGUUGUAAGGUUUUCUCCACACCUCACGGGUUGGAGGUGCACGUGCGUCGGUCACACAGCGGCACGCGGCCGUUCGAGUGCGACAUCUGCGGGAAAACCUUCGGCCACGCGGUGAGCCUGGAUCAGCACCGAGCCGUGCACUCGCAGGAGAGAAGCUUUAGCUGUAAAAUCUGCGGCAAAAGCUUCAAGCGCUCCUCCACGCUGUCCACGCACCUGCUCAUCCACUCAGACACGCGGCCUUAUCCAUGCCAUUACUGUGGGAAGCGGUUCCAUCAGAAAUCGGACAUGAAAAAACACACGUUCAUCCACACAGGUGAAAAACCACACAAGUGUCAGGUGUGCGGGAAGGCCUUCAGUCAGAGCUCCAACCUCAUCACCCACAGCCGAAAGCACACGGGCUUCAAACCGUUCGGCUGCGAACUGUGCGGGAAAGGCUUCCAGAGGAAAGUGGACCUGAGGAGGCACAAGGAGACCCAGCACGGACUCAAGUGACCGCACUUUUUGCGCAUGUGCUCCUGUUUUGGUUUGAAUUUGGCUUGUUUUAAUUAUGUCGUGAUUUUUUUUUUUUUUUAAGAAAGUAUUUGAGUCGAUUUUUCAAAUUGUAUUUAAACUGCUGAACAUUUGACUGACAAUAAUUAUUUCUAAAAUUAAUAAUAAAAUUGCAAAUUUUCCAAAGGAAAU